CCGCCCCUCUGCUUCUGACCACCACUGCGACCCUCUCGGUCGCACCUACUUUUUGCUUUCUUGAACACAAUUCGACUGCGAUAUGUCCUAUAAUCGCGAAUGGGACAAAGGGAAACAGCCAAGUGCUGACGGGCCAUGGCAGUAUCAUGGCUCACAUGGCGGUAUGCAUCCGAGAGACGACGAGUAUUUCGGUGACGGCAAGCGCAGGAAAUUCAACAACGGAGGCUACGAUGCCUCCCAAGGUUAUGACCAAGGCUACGAUGAUGGCGCACACGACCUUGGCCACGGCCAAGGCUACGUCCAGGACUAUGCUGCCGAAGACCGCUUCCAGAGAGGAGGCGGCGGCGGCGGCGGCGGCGGAGGCUACAGCAAGAAGAGGCUCGUACCCAGUGAACCGAGCCCCCAUGUCAUCUUUCUUGGACUUGAUCCAGACUUUACCGAAGCCGAUCUUCAAGCAUACCUCAGCAGCAACAGUUGUAGCGUCGAAACGGUGACCAUCAUACGAGACAGAACAACAGGUCUCUCAAAGGGUUUCGGCUUCGCCCAGUUCACAAGCAUCGCACAUGCACGCGCGUUUGUCGAUCCACUGUUCCCAUUCAUCCAGGUGCCCCCGCCUGCGUCUCAUGGCGCGUCUGCUGCGAAAGCAUUCUAUACCGCACUUGAAGCCGGUGUGCCUGCUCCCCCGGGUGGCAGACGGGUCAAGAUCGAUUAUUCGCAGAGUGCUAGUCCCAAUGAACGACGUGGAAGGGGCCCCAUGCAGUCGAACGAGGGUAUGCGGGAUAUAGGGAACACACAGGCUCCUGUUCUGCUGUUUCGUGGUCUAGACCCGCUUUCGGGACCGCAAGCCAUAGCCCAGGCCAUGAAGAAUGCGGCGGGCCCCGGAAAGGACGGCGCAAAGGGUAUGCGGCGUAUCAUCCUCAUCAAGGAUAAGGUUACCAUGGCUAGCUGGGGUUUUGCCUUCGUGGAGUUCGUCGACGUCCAGUCUGCGUCAACCGUCCUAGGGCUGACGAUGUCGCCGCAAAUCCAUCCAAAUGGCUUCCGCAUCUCUGACCGCCCGGUGGCUGCCUCCUUUGCCCAUCCUGAGUCGUUUCAGCCGAUUUCAGACUACGCGUUGAAAGAUGAGUCGUGUAUGAUGUCUUCGUUAGCUCUGGGAGGCGUGGAAGAACAAUGGGUGCGGUAUUGGGACGAAGGUUCGAUGGCCGCAGUGCUGGAAUUCGAGGUAGCGGAGCCGAUCCAACCGUCUACUACCGCGCCAGCCAAAGAUAAGAAGGAGAAGAAACGAGCAAAGGGUGACGGCCAGGCACAUUUAGAUCGUCCUGCAGCAGCAUCCACGCUCCCUGUUUCGGACAAGCCAGUCACGUUGAGCCUGAAGGGAGGCUUGACAAACAAAGCUGGCGGUCCGAGUGCACUCAGCCUGGCACCCGCAAAGAAGGCCCCCGUCUCGUUGGCGUUCUCGGCCCAUGAGGAUGGUGCGCCUGGCGAUGGAGAUGACUCCGACGAAGAGCAGCAGAAGGCCGCUUCGGAUGACCCCAAGGUGUUUGCCGCAAAGAAGGUGGCUCCUCUGAUUGCGAGCAAGAAGGUUGCGAACAAUAUUACCAAGUGGAACCAAGUCCAGGAAGUCCUACAUGACGCUGCGCCCCCAGCUGCGCCCGAGCAGGGUCCGUCCGCCACUGCAUCCGCAAGCACAUCGGUAGUGAAGCCGGUGGCCAAGGCAGCAACACCAGUGCCCGUGGAAGCUGAUUACGAGUUCUCCGACACCACGAAGAUGACAUGCUUGCUAUGUGCUCGACAGUUCAAGACCCUUGAACAACUCAAGCGGCAUAAUAACGAAUCUGAUCUCCACAAAAAAAAUUUCAAAGACGCGAGUCUUCGGGACAUUGCACGCGAGAAGGUGGCAGCAAUUCGUAGCAACACCGAACAACCGAAGUAUCGCGAUCGAGCUUCAGAGCGUCGCGUUAUGCACAACCAGCCAGACGUCCCGUUGCCCGGUGAGGUAACGAACAAGGCGGUGGGCAAGAGGAAGCACGCGGAAGGUCCUCCCAAGCCCCCUACACCUCCACCCGCGCCUGUUGAACCGGCCAAAGAUCAGAACAAUGUUGGCAACAAAUUGUUGAAGAUGAUGGGUUGGAAGGAAGGAACUGGCUUGGGGACGGACGGCGAGGGCAGAGUGGAUCCUAUCCAAACCGCGAUCUAUGCACAGGGUGUCGGUCUGGGUGCGAGCAAGGGCAAGGAGGUCGGCAAGUACGACAGCGGCUACGCUGGCUAUGUACACAUGGCCCAGGACGCGGCCCGCGAACGCUACGGGAGUUGAUUCAGAAUGCUGUAUUUACGGAUUGUCAUAGAACACUGCAGAAUAGUACUAUUGAUAUGUUGUAUGUCGCGCGCGAAGUGGGCUAUCUAAUCUCGUGAUCGCGACGGGAUGGUGUCGCCACAGUUACCC